ACCCCUAGUUUUGAUAGCAUGGCUAUAUCUUUCACUCGCCUUUCCAUAGUGCCAGGUGGUGCCGGUUCUCUGUGGCCUAUGCGAUAACAAGGAGGGCGAAGAUAACGGUGAAAAUGUGCUAUCAUAUAAGCGCUAUCUGGUGGUCGAGGCAUCAUUUCGCUUUCCUUCAAGUCGUCCCUUCCUUGAACUUCUUCAGGAAGCUGUCGUUGACCGCAGACGGUCUCUGUUGAGAUUGUACGCCUGUGCAAUUUACAGGCAAAAUGUCCUCGAACGGGUCGAUUGUCAAGGAACAACCCGAGGCCAUUCCUCCUCCCCAGCCUCAGUCUUCUUUUCUGCGUUCACGGGCCUCUCACCUGCAUCGGAAACUGACGACCCGACAUGGCUGGCUUGGAGACUACAACUAUGGCUGGCUUUGUACCCCCACCCUUCCCUUCACCCUCCCUGGCCGCAGGUUCUCCAAACCUAGACGUCGUAUGCCGCCAUUCUACGCGUUAGACUCGGAGUUGCCUCUUUUGUUAGCAAUGACUUGUGGUUUGCAACAUGCUUUGGCGAUGUUGGCUGGGUUGAUUACCCCACCGAUCAUUUUUGCAAGUGCCUUGAAUUUGGAUUCGGAGACCGGCGCGUAUAUGAUUUCGGCAAGUUUAAUUGGGUGUGGGAUACUGAGUUUGGUGCAAAUGUCAAGGAUGAAGCUGUGGAGAGGGUAUUACCUCGGGACUGGACUCAUCAGCGUCGUUGGGACCAGUUUCGCGACAUUAAGUACUGCAAACGCUAUUUUUAACGCCAUGUAUGCGGAUGGAACUUGUCCUAUGAUCACUACUGCUGACGGUACAGUCACUCGAGGUCCUUGUCCCGACGCGUAUGGCAAAGUUCUCGGAACCUCCCUUAUCUGCUCUUUUCUCGAAAUAUUCCUCUCUUUCGUCCCAUCUCGAACGCUCCAAAGGAUCUUCCCACCUCUCGUCACCGGCACUGUGAUUCUUAUGAUUGGGGCUUCGCUCAUUGGUGCAAGUGGCAUACCGAAUUGGGGUGGAGGGUCGAAUAGCUGUAUGAGUAGACCGGAGACUGGGUUGUUUGCUCUCUGUCCGACUGUGAAUGCACCUAGACCAUUGCCCUGGGGGUCUCCGGAAUUUAUCGGUCUUGGCUUCCUCUCCUUCAUCUCUAUCCUCCUCGUCGAACUCUUCGGGUCCCCGUUCUUAAAGAACGUCUCUAUCAUCGUCGGACUGGCCAUCGGAUGCAUCGUGUCUGGUGCUACUGGUUACAUUGAUGGGAGCAGUAUCAAGAGUGCGCCGGCGAUUACGUUCUUGUGGGUAAAGACGUUUAAGAUUGGAGUAUAUCCUGGUGCUAUUUUACCUAUGUUGGCUGUAUAUGUUUCGUUGGCGAUGGAGGCCAUCGGAGAUAUCACUGCUUCGGCAGAGGUCUCUCGUGUAGCUGUCGAUGGUGAGGAGUUCGACUCGAGGAUCCAGGGUGGCGUCCUGAGCGACGGCAUAGGCGGAUUCUUCUCUGCCCUAUUCACAGUCACGCCUCUCUCGAUCUUCGCUCAGAAUAACGGUGUCAUCGCCAUCACUCGAUGUGCGAACAGAACAGCUGGGAGGUUCUGCUGUGUCUUCCUCAUCUUGUUCGGUGUAUUGGGCAAGAUCUCAGGUGUCUUCUUAGCCAUCCCCAAUCCAGUCCUUGGCGGCGUAACGACCUUCCUCUUUGCAACUGUCGCGGUCUCAGGUCUGCGAGUACUCUCUUACACAUCCUUCACUCGUCGAGAUCGAUUUGUGCUUGCCGCCGCCCUCUGUUUCGGCUUUGGUGAUCUCUUAGUCCCAGAUAUCUUCACACAUUUGUUCGAAAGUAGUCGGGUUGCGAGAGCAGUGGCAGCGCAUACAGGCUUGCAGGGAUUGUUGGAUAGUGUGGAAAUUAUAUUGGAGACGCCUUUCUUGAUCGCUGGAAUUGUUGCUGCUGUGCUUAACCUCAUACUACCCCAAGAAGACGCUAAGGUGGAAGAUGACACAUUUGUUGGGGAUGCCGAUGUCGAGGUUGUAGACGUGGAGGCUCAUCAUGAUUUGCCUGAAGUGAAGAAGUGAAGUGACUUUGUCGAUCAUCCAUUUGGAAGGAUGUGAUUCGUUAUCAUUGUUUGAUUUGUAUUAUACUCGUUUGUGUUAUACUCGCCCCAGCUUCAUGAGUGGGCUAAUAGUUAACUCUGACAAACGUCCCGAGCAAUAGCUGCCGGUUUUUUUUUUCUUGAG